AUGAGCGAUUCGAAACGACAAAGGACAAACGAGUGGCCAGACAAAAUGAGCGCAGACGAGCUAAAGGCCGAGGGCAACAAGCUGUUUGCUGCGAAGGACUUUGAGGGUGCGGUUGAGAAGUUUUCACAGGCGAUUGAGGCUGAUCCAUCCAACCACGUCCUCUACUCGAACCGAUCCGGCGCAUACGCUUCACUCAAGCAGUAUCAGCAAGCACUCGAAGAUGCUACCAAGACGACGGAGCUCAAGGGUGACUGGUCAAAAGGAUGGGGACGCAAAGGUGCAGCACUACACGGAACAGGUGAUUUGAUGGGCGCAGUACAAGCGUUCGAUGAGGCAUUGAAGCUUGACCCAAACAAUGCUCAGGCCAAGUCUGGUCGUGCGGCUGCUGAGCGAGCAAUCGAGUCAGAGGCCAAGGCAGAUGGUAUUGACCCGAGCGGAGGUCUGGGCAACAUGUUCAACGACCCGAAGCUGUUCGAGAAGCUGGCUGCCAACCCAAAGACGAGCGGACUGCUGGGCGAUUCGGCGUUCAUGCAGAAGCUGAACAACAUGAAGAACAACCCACAAGGCAUGCAGCAGGAGAUGUUCUCAGACCCACGAUUCUUGCAGGUCAUGAGCGUGCUGCUGGGCAUCGAUAUGAGCUUCAACCCAACCGACAAUGCGGACGGUGCUGCGAAGAAGUUCCAGGAAGAGCACGAUGCUGGUGAGGAUGUGCCAAUGCCAGACGCGAGACCUCAGUCGCAAGCGCCAAAGAAAGAGCCUGAGCCUGAGCCCGAGCCAGAGGACGAGGAGGCCAAGGAGAAGAAGCAGAAGAAGGCUGAGGCCGAUAAGGAGAAGGCAUUGGGCACGGAGAACUACAAGAAGAAGAACUUCGACGAGGCCAUUGCACACUACACCAAGGCAUCAGAGCUCUACCCGGACGACAUCACAUACCUCACCAACCUCGGUGCUGCACAAUUCGAGAAGGGCGACUACGACGCUGCUAUCGAAGCCUGCAACAAGGCCAUCGAGCACGGCAGAGAGAUCCUCGCCGACUUCAAGCUCAUCGCCAAGGCUUUUGGUCGCAUUGGAAGCUCGUACGAGAAGAAGGGCGACCUGGCUAACGCCGUCGAGUACUACUCCCGCUCUCUUACUGAGCACCGCACACCCGACAUUCUCGCCAAGCUCCGCGCCGCCGAGAAGACCAAGAUCCUCAACGAGAAGAACGCAUACAUCGACCCGCAAAAGGCAGAAGAGGCCCGCGAGCUCGGCAACCAGAAGUUCAAGGACCAGGACUGGCCCGCGGCAGUCGAAGCCUACACCGAGAUGACCAAGCGUGCACCGGAAGACCCACGCGGCUACUCUAACCGCGCCGCCUGCCUGAUCAAACUCCUCACCUUCCCCUCCGCCGUCUCAGACUGCGACGAAGCCAUCAAGCGCGACCCCAAGUUCAUCCGUGCAUACCUCCGUAAAGCACAAGCUCUCUUCGCCAUGAAGGAGUUCAACAAGUGUCUCGACGUCUGCGCUGAGGCAUUGAAGCACGAUACUGAUGGCAAGAACGCCCGCGAGAUCGACCAGCAGAGCCAGAAGGCGUUGUCGGCGCAAUUCUCGAGCCGCGAGGGCGAGACGGAAGAGCAGGCACAGGAGCGUAUCCAGAGAGACCCGGAUAUCAUGGCGAUUCUGCAGGAUCCAGUUAUGCAGAGUAUUCUGCAGCAGGCGAAGGGUGAUCCGGCGGCGUUGCAUGAUCAUAUGAAGAAUCCGGAUAUUCAGAUGAAGGUGCAGAAGUUGAUUGCUGCUGGUGUCAUUCGGUUGGGGAGGUAG